AUGAGGAAACCACACUUCUCAGACGACAAGGAAAAUGUACAUAAUCCAGGUACAAGGCACACCUGUGGUGACAGGAAAAAAUCUGAAACAAGUAAUACAGACUCUAAUGAACAGUGUGUGAAGGAGAUCGUGUGUAAAGAUGUCUACCUGAUGGACAAGACAGGAGGACGAUUCGACAAGAACCUUCUGGCCAACAGUCUUACGGCCAAACUUAAACAAAACAUCCCAGGCGAGUUUACCACCAAGAGACAUGUGAUGCACAAACUCCGCCGGGAAGGCUUGAAAGAUUAUGUUCACUUAGAAAAUCUCAACAAAAAAUACGAUAGCGAAAUGCAAGUGCAAACGAACAAGCUUGACAAUGAGAGCAAUCUUUUGCUUCGUAGACACGAAAAGAUGCGGAAACAAAGUGAAUAUCAAAGGAAAAAUCAGGAAAAAAUUCGGUCUCAAAUCAGGAAUCCUUCUUUGAAACAGGGAGAUGCUGCUUCGUCCGUAUUUCCUCAAAUCAAAUAUUUUUCCCAGGCACAUGCGGCUUCGCAUCCUCCCGAUGACGCCACCGUUGAAGUGCAUCCUUCACACCAGUUAGAGACAGCAGCGUUUCCGUCGUUUUCAGUUGACACACACGAUCCAACAAAUGUUAAAGUUUUCAAAUAUCAAGGAAUAUUUCAACCACAGAACAAAUAUUCCAGUAGACGUACCAGUGUCAGAUCGUCUGGAUCCGGAGGGAUAUUAAAAAGAGAUAUGAAUACUCCAGAAUAUGAAGUCCUUACUCUCUCCUUGGAGGACGGUACAGAGAGUAGGGCGUCAAGUAAAAAUCGAGGCGACAAGAAGCGAAAGGGACUUCGUGUGACUUGGAGUGGAGUUGAAAGAGAAUUUGAAAAGGGGCGGCAAAAUCAGGAUGAUUUGCCUUGCCAUGACAAUAGCAGUCGCGGUGACGAUGUCGCGUCUACAACUAGUACUACAAAAAGUAGUGGUUACGGAAUACAUUAUAGACAAAGCAAACGAAAUAAGAUCGAAAACAUUGGUAUCAAGUGGAAACUGCCACCAGGAUCAAAACAAUCCAACCGCGCUGUUAAAUCGGCUACAGCCACAUAUACUGCGUCUUCACGUUCUAGAAAUCUUAUGCCAGUGUCGGGCGGUCUUCAACAGACAGGAAUGUCAGUGACUCGCACACGAUGGCACGUUCCCUCUGCGCCUCCAUUGUCAUCGUAUGAUCUAUACAGGGAAUGGCUUUAUAAGCUCGACAAGCUGAAAUCGCCCAUGGAACCUAAGGAAUUCCUAAAGGAAGUGCCUGCUAUGGACAAUAAAAUAGACAGCUGUAGUCCUGCUUACACCCUACCUGCCAAUAUCUCAGAGCAAAUGAACUUGUCCAUAUACGCCGCGUCCAACGUUGUGUAG